AUGUUGUGGGGCUGCAUCACUGAUUUCUUCACCUACGAGACCACCAAGUCUGUGGUGGUCAAGAGCUGGUCUGUGGGCAUUGUCAACCGGUUCGUGCAGCUGCUCAUCAUCACAUAUUUUGUCGGCUGGGUCUUCAUCUACGAGAAAGCGUACCAGGUGUCAGACACCGGCAUCGAAUCCUCUGUGAUGACCAAAGUAAAAGGCUACGGUUACCAUCACAACCGUGUGAUGGAUGUGGCCGACUACGUCUUCCCUCAGCAGGGUGCAGCUGUGUUCUGCAUAGUUACCAAACUCAUCCUCACCGAGAAUCAAUUCCAAGGAAAAUGUGCAGAGAAAUUUAGUUGUAACACAGAUGAAGACUGCGCCAAACAUUAUGGGGCCUAUCUUUCAAAUGGUGUAAUUACGGGUGUUUGCCUUAAAGAAGGCAAUGACUCCACGGGUCAGUGUGAGAUUGAAGGAUGGUGUCCAGCAGAGACAGACACAAACACAACAAUCGAACCAAUGUUGGAUGUGAAAAACUUCACAAUCUUCAUCAAGAACAGUAUUCGCUUCCCUCUCUUCAAUGUCAUUAGAGGAAACUUUCCAUCCACAAUGACGUCUGCAGAAAUCAAGAGCUGUACCUACCAUCCGGAGAAGAGACCCUUCUGCCCCAUAUUUCGUGUAGGCGACGUGCUGAACUUCACCAGACAGACUGUGGAGGACCUGGCAAACAAGGGUGGAGAAAUAGGAAUAAAUAUUGAGUGGAAGUGUAACCUGGACUUGAACAUCGAAAAAUGUGUACCUCGGUACUCCUUCACUCGACUGGAUGCACCAUUUGCCAAAAAUGCUGUCUCCAAAGGCUUUAAUUUCAGGUUUGCCAAAUAUUUCAAGAUGGAGAACGGGACUGAAUUUCGGACACUCCAUAAAGCAUUUGCAAUCCGGUUUGACGUUAUGGUCACUGGCAAAGCUGGAAAGUUUGACACAAUCCCAACAAUCAUCAACCUUGUAGCCGCCUUCACCUCCAUUGGACUGGGUACGGUUAUCUGUGAUGUCAUCUUAUUGAACUUCCUGAAAGGGGCAGAGCAGUACAAAGCCAAGAAAUUCGAAGAGGUGUCAGAGGCUCAGAUAGAAGCAUCUCUUCCUCAGAGCCCAGAGACUCCGCUGUCACUCAAAACAGGUAUCAAGAGCUCCUAUGACUCUGGAGCCAUUUCCCUCUCUACCUUUGACCAACCUAUCUAA